AGCGGGCGCCCCUCGUACGGGGCUCUCGGGAGCGGGUGCGCCUUUAAAAGCGGAGCGGCCUCCGGGCGGUGACGUGCGCCUGGCUGCCGGCCCGCGGAGGGAGGGUGGGGGCCGCCUCCUGUCAGCCUGCCCGCCCUGCCUCCCUCCCUCCCUCCCUGCCCGGGGCCGAGGCGCGCAGCAACUUUGGUGCCUCUCAGGCGCGCGCGCCCGCGCGCUCUCUCCGCUCCCGCCCUCCUGCCCGAGCCCCGCGACGGAUUCAAAGCCUGGCGCCCCGCGACGGCUCGGCCAGCUGCGGGUCUGGGAGGUAACCUUGUGAAGUGCAAAGAUGUCUCUCCAUGAGUCCCGAGCCUCGACCCUUCUUGCCUGGGUGAACAGCUUGAAGCUGGAAGACCCCCUGAAUUCGCUGUCUCAGCUCCAAGACGGCGGAGUCUUCAUCAAGAUCAUCAAUAAAAUCCAUGGCACAGACGAGGCACAGGCUGUUUUGCAGCAGAAUCUGUCAGAGCGGGUUGCCUACAUCUGCAGCUUUCUUGCGAAGUGCUGCAAGCACAAGUCCACCGUACACAACCUGGUUUCGGAGGAGAAGCUUUUAGCGGGUGAAGAACUGGAACUGGCCAAGGUGGUCAUGUUGCUGCUUUACCAGGCGUCCAUGAGUGACAAGAUUCCUAGGGAAUGGAGCACGGUUGAGUAUGACAUUCAGGCAGAGAUGGCCAAGUUCCUGAACUUCAUGCUGUACAAUGAAGAUUGCCUCGGUGAGAACCUGGAGAACUUUCUUCAAAAGAAAAUGUCGCAGUCAUCCAGCGUCUCUGGCUCCAGCACCAGCUCCGAGGAGACCACCCCACAGAAGCCAGAGGUGCACUUCUUGAAACUGCAGAAGGUUGCUUCCUCCUCCAGUCUCCAUAAAUUCCUCCCUGGCUCCUCUGCCUCUCCCAUUGGUGAUAUCAUGCAGACACCCCAGUUUCAGAUGAGGAGGCUGAAGAAGCAGCUAGAGGUCGAGAGGGAGAACCGGGACGAUCUAGAGCGCGAGUUGGCCGAGAAUCGAAAGCUCGUUGACGAGAAAGACACACAAAUCCUGGUGAUGAAGCAACGGAUCGACCGCCUGACUCGUCUCCAAGAGAGACAAGCAGCAGAUCAGGUGGAACCCAAGGAGAUGGAGGAGCUCCGGGAAAAGAACGAAAGUCUCCUCCUACGCCUGCAUGAGACGUUGAAGCAGUGCCAGGACUUGAAAACUGAAAAAGGACAGAUGGACCGGAAGAUCAAUCAGCUCUUGGAGGAGAACGGAGAUCUCUCUUUCAAGCUGCGGGAGCUGGCUGGCAACCUUAUGGGACUGCAGGAAGCCAUGAACGAGCUCUCCGCAGAACACAGCACGGCCCUGAGGGACUGGGAGGAGAGGAGGGUCCUCCUGGAAAACGAUCUCCACCACGCCCUCGGCGAGAAGAAAUGCUUGGAAGAGAAGGUGGAGAUUCUGCAGGGGAAGAUCUCCCUGCUGGAGGACCAGCUGGCGAAGCUGAAGGAGAGCAGCUCCUCCCCAGAGACGGGCGAGGUCAUGGGGAACGUCUUGCAGCUUGAAGACCUGAAACAGCAGGUGGCCAGCCUCCAUAGCCAGCAGGCUGAGCUCCAGGCAACUGUUGCCCGUGUGGAAGAGGAGAAGCGUCUGCUGGAAGCCACCCUCCAGUCCGACAGGGGCAGCUUUGAAGAGGAGAAGCUCCAGCUCACAGGCCUUCUGGCCAGCCUGCAGAAUUCCGUCUCGGAGCUCUCUCGAGCCAAGGAGAAGCUGGAGCAGGACUCACGGGCGCAGGAAGAGUGCCUGGCUACCCAGGCGAAUGCCCUGACAGCAGAGAUAGCCAAGCUGACCGGCUUCCUUCACCAGAAGGACCAGGAGCUGUCGGCUUUGCACCAACAGGUGGAAGUGGAGAAGAGCCAGAAAGGCCGGCUGGCGGAAGACCUGCAGAAAAAUGAGCAGAUGUCCAGGACGGCCAUCCAAGAGCUGACCCUCCAGCUGGAUCAGCUGAGUGACUCCCUGAAGCAGAGCAGGGAAGCCCUGGCGCAGGCAGAAGCGGCGGGCCAGGAAGAGCGCCACAGGGCUGGCCAGCAGAAGGAGCUGGCUCGCAGGCAACUGGAGGAGAAGGAAGCCGAGCGAUCCGCUCUCGCAAGGCAGCUGCAAGCUCUGGGGGAAGCCAGGGAUGUGUCUGUCGCAGAGGCCCAGAGGGAGAAGGCGGCGCUCAGCCAGAAGGUCCAGGAGCUGGAGGCCAGGAUCGUGGCCCUCACGGCCCAGUGCCAGCAGAGUGAGGUCCACGCGGGAGCGGUGCAAAGUCUGAAAGGCCAGCUGCGCGAAGCCCAGCAGAAGCUGGCGGACAGAGAGAAGCAGGCCAAAGAGAACGCGCAUCUCCAGGAGCGGCUCUUGAUUCUGGAGGAGUCAGUCCGCAACACGGAGGGCAUCUUGGAGGACGAGAAGAGGAGGGCGGCCGAGUCCCUGGAAGGCAACCUCCGGCGGAUAGCUGAGCUGGAGGAGCAGCUCCGGGAGCUGACCAAGCACCGUGACCAAGCACGGCAGGACUCGAGCGAGGAGAAGGCCAAGAGGCAGGCCCUGGAGGAGCAAGUGCAGCGGCUGGGGGAGGAAGCCAGAGCCAAGGGGGAGGCGCUUCAGCGCCAGCUGGCGGAGCUGUCCUCGGCCUCCUCCCCAGGAGACGAAGGCGAGCGUGGCAAGCUGCAGGAAAAGAUCCAGGCCCUGAGCCUGGACCAGGAGCAGGCCCAGCAGCAGCUGCAGGCUGAGCGGCAGAAAGCGGAAGCCUUGGAAGCCCAGCUGAAGCUCCUGGACGCUGAACACCAGGAAGCACUGGCCGUGCUGCAGGCCAAAGCCGCUCGUGCUCUGGCUGAGGCCCAGGAGAGGGAGGGCGCAGAGGAGAAGCUCAGAGCCGAGGUGGCCUCUUGGCAGGAGAAAGCGGCAGCGGCCCAUCGGGAAGCAGCCCAGAGCGUGGCCGAGCUGAAGGAGGAGGAGCGCAAGGCAGCGCUGGCUCUCGAAGCCCUCGCCAAAGAGCUGGCUGCAGAGAGAGGCGUCCGGGCGGAGCUGGAGGCCAGAGUGCAGCAGCUGGGGGAACAGGGCCACAAAGACCUGGCUGCAGCUAAGGCCAGGCUCAGGUCUGCUUUACAAGAAAAGGAGCGCGAGCUGGCCAGCCAGGUGAGCUCCCUGCAGGCGGAACUCGAGGAAGCUGUGCAGCAGCAAAAGCGAGAGCUGGCUGCACAUGAGGAGGAGGUCAAGCGACUGGCGGGGGAGCAGGAGCGAGCCCGAGUGGAGCUGGCCACGGAAAAGGCCAGCAAGGCCGCCCUGGAGGUGCAGGUGCAGAACGUCACCAACGAGCUCCGGGUGGAGGUCUCCGGUCUCCAGGAAGAGGCGGCCAGGGCACGGUCCUUGGCGGAGGAGAAGGAGCGGGAGCUGGAGGAGCUGCGCCUGAAGAACGUCUCCCGCAACGAGGAGCUGAGGGACCUGCAGAAGACCGUCCGGAAGCUGAAGGGCGAGCUGGCCUCAGUGGAGGCGCUGAAGGAGAGGGCGGCCAAGAUGGAGGGCGAGCUGCAGGGCUUCCUGGAGUUAGCCAGGACCCGGGGUGCAGAGCUGGACAGUGUCAAGUCCGCCCUGCAUGCCAAAGGUCUGCUCCUGCAAAGCCUGGAGGAAGAGAAGCGGCGGCAGGAGCGGGAGUGUGCCUCCAGCCGGGAGCUCUGUGAAGAGACGCGCAAGGAGUGUGAGGCACUCCGCAGCCAAGUGGAGAAGCUCGAGCAGCAGGGUGAGGAGCAGCGUGGCACGGUUGUCAAGCUGGAGAAAGCGGCAACUGCCUCUGAGCGGCGGCAGGCAGUCGAGGCGGAGGCUUUGCAGCGGGAAGCGGCGCAGCACAGGGACAAGGCCUUGGAGCUGGAGAAGCUCCUGGCGACCUCCCGGUCCUCGCAGGCCAGCACCAUUGAGAAGCUGAAACGGGAGCUCCUGGAGAAAGGGAAAGAGCUGGCUCAGAGCAGAGAGGCGGCAGCCAGGGCCGAAGCAGAGCUGGCCUCCCUGCGGGCUUCUGCCCAGGAGAAGGGCAAGUCCGAGGAGAGCUGGAAGGAGCAAGUGUCGCGCUGCCUCCAGGACAUAGAGAGGAAGAGCAGCCUGAUCGGCGGCCUGGAGAAGGAGCUGUCCUUCAUGCGCAGGCAGGUGCUGGAGAAGGAAGCGGAGAGCAAGGAGCUGCGGCGGGUGGCUGUGGCCGAGUCGGACAAGAGCAAGAAGGUGGAGGAGCGGCUGCGGCUGCUCCAGUCCGAGAUGGCCACCGCUGCCUCUCGAGCGGCGGAGAGGUGCUCCACCAUGAAGGCUGAGGCGCAGGACUUCCAGAAGCAGGCGGAGGAGCUGCAGGUCUCCUUGGAGGCCCAGAAGAAGGAGCUGAGCGCCCUGGCCAAGCGCGAGGAGGACCUCUGCAAGGAGCUCAGGGCCUCGCAGGAGAGAGCCUCCCAGAAGGAGCAGAUCCUCCUGUCCAUGCAGCAGGAGCUGGCCGGAGCUCAGGCCGUGAUCGGGGAGCUGAUGCCCGUCCAGCGCUUGUACCAGCAGCUGCAGGCCGAGCAGGCGGCCCAGAAGAGCGAGCACCAGGAAGAGCUGCAGCGGCUGCACCAAGGCACCGGCGCCCUGCAGGCAGAACUGGCCCAAGCCAAGCAGGAGCUGGCGGAGCUGCUUUCCCUGAAGGAGAGGAGCCUUGAGCAAGAGCGCCGCCUGCAGCAGCUGCAGGCAGAGAACGCCGGCUACGCGGAGCGCCUUGCCACUCUGCAGCAGGCCCACGCCCAGCUGGCCGAAGAGAACCGAGCGCUUGGCGAGCAGGGGCUGCAGCGCCUGGACGCGGAGCUGGCCCAGGCCAAGCACAGGCACGCCCAGGAGCUGGAGGCUGCCAGGCUGGAGGCGGAGAAGCGAGUGGCCGUGAGCAAGAGGGAAGCUGAGGAGGCCCGGAAGAAGGUGGAGGGGGUGACAGCCCAGUACGAGGAGGCGAAGCAGAGACUGCUGGUGCAGGUGGAGCAGCUAGAAAAAUGUCAGAAAGAGCAAGCUAAGCAGGCAGAGGAGCUGAAACAGAAGCUGAGUCAGCAAGAGAAAGCUGGCCGAGCCCAACAGCAGAAAGCCAAGGUGCGUGAACAAGAACUCCAGAAGGAGGUUGAGCACCAGAAGGAAAAGGUGGCCGACCUCCAGGAACAGCUGGCCCAGAAGGAACAAGCUGCUGAGCAUUACAAGGCCCAGAUGGAGAAGGCCAAAACACACUACGACGCCAAGAAACAACAGAAUCAGGAGCUCUUGGAUAAACUGAAAGGACUGGAGCAGCUCGAGAAGGAGAACAGUGAACUGAAGGCGGAGUCGGCGCGCCUCGUCCAGGAGCUGCAGCGCACCGUCCUGCAGGCGAAGGAGUCGGAGCUGAGCUGCAAGAACCUCACCAGCCGAGUCCACAGCUUGGAGGCGCAGGUGGAAUUUGCUGACCGCCAGCUGCGAGGGCAUCGCAAGUUCCAGGUGGCCACAUAUACACUGAAGAGCCGUGAGACCUUCCGGCAGAACCCAGCGGACAUCAGCACAGACAGCCUGGACCUGAGCACCAGCGAGGAAGCUCAGCCCCACAACUCCACCACCAGCAGGAAGACCCGCCGUUCCCUCUCUGAAUCCGGGACAGCCGAGGCGGCCAGAGCAUCACAACAGCUGCCCCGCAAAGUGGAAUCUCUGGAGAGCCUCUACUUCACGCCCAUCCCCACCCGAGCAAGGUCCAAGCUAGAGAGCAGCGGGAGUUCGGCGGGUGACGUUUCCUUUGAGUCGGGACGGAAGACGCUCUCCGCUCGCCGGCGCACCACGCAGGUCAUCAACAUCACUAUGACCAAGAAACAUCCUGAGCCGGAGACUCCAAACAGCCCCAACGCCUCCUUCUUCAGCGUGCAGUCCUCCGGGUCCCAGGCAAGCGCCCCCAGCCAAGAGUCGGUCAAAACUCGCCUGCGUUCAGCGGCCGCCUCGUCCACUCGCUCGCUGGCCAGCCUCCCCUCUCAGGAGUCCCUCGCCAGGCUGGGCACCUCUUCCCCUGACGAUGCAGCUGGCCACGCGGCACUGAUGAGCCUGCCAGGCUACCGGCCCGCCACUCGCAGCUCCAUGAGACGCUCCCAGAUUGGGGGGGCCAGUGCUGGGGGCCGGAGCAGCCUGUACUUGGGCACCUGCCAGGAUGAGCCGGAUCAUCUGAACGAGUGGAACCGCAUAGCUGAGCUGCAGCAACGCAACAGCGUGUGUCCGCCUCACCUGAAGACCUGCUACCCCUUGGAAUCCAGGCCAUCCCAGUCGCUGACCACCAUCACAGACGAGGAGAUGAAGACCGGAGACCCCAAAGAGACGCUCCGGCGUGCCAGCAUGCUGCCUUCUCAGAUUGCAGAGGGCCCCGUCACUCGCCGCAGCAUGCUGAGUUCUGCCUGGGCGGCCGGAGGGGUGGCCACUCGGCAGCAAAGGAAGCGCUCCUCGGAUGAGUCCCAGCAGGGUCCCGGGACCCCUGAGUCCAAGAAAUCUGCCAGCUGUUUCCCACGACCCCAGACCCCCAAACGGCGGAACGAGGAACUCAAGCGCAGCUCCCUUGCCGGGGGCAAGAAGGGGGCAACCCAGGCAGCUGACAAACAGUCUGAGAGGCGCCAGUCACUGGCUUUCAGCAUCCUCAACACACCGAAGAAAUUGGGCAACAGCCUUCUGCGCCGUGGCGCCAACCGGAAAGCAACUCCUAAAAGCACCCCCCGGGGCAGCAGCCGAAGGUCCCCCAGGACAGCCACCUCUCCCAAGGGCAAGGCAAACUCCAAGUCCCUCAAGACCUCAAAAUUCUAACGCGGCUUUCCCUGGCUGACGCCACCCUCCCUUCCCGUGAUCUCCCUGCGGGGAGAGAGCAGGACGCCACUGCCACCCCGGAGCCUGUCUUCAUGGGCCCAGCGGAGUCCCUAGAAGCCUCCCCCCCUCCCUGCUCACCAGCGGACCGCCUCUUCCCUUCCAGCCCUGGCGAGGCCGAGGGACCGGAGCCUUCUCGCCAGGAUGCUGCCGAGUACAGUGCCUGCCCCCUCCGGGGGGUGGAGGGGGUGGAAGGAUCCCCUCCUCGUCCAUGAUCCCACUGGGUUUAAAACGGGACGGUUUCCAAAAUCAUUCCAGACUCUGCCCAACUGUCUGGAGGGCAAAUGCCGUGCCCCACCCUCCUUGUUACAGUGGAGUAGGGCAGCGGUGGCAUGGGGGGAUUACAGGGGUAAUUAGGGUCUGGGCUUCUUUUGGCAACUUGCCGCUGUUCCCUGCGACCUUAAAAAUCUAGGGUGGCAUCUCCCAAAGAGAACCUUCCCCCUCCCUGGACCAGUGGCUCACCCCACACAGCUUCCAACGGGUCAGGAAGGACCCUGUCCGCCAGCAUAGCUGAAACCACUGCAGCGGAUUUCUUCAAGGCAUCCGCAGUGGAAAGAGUUCCCACCACCACCACCACCAUCUGCUUCCUCGUGUAAAUUCUGCAAGCAGGCUGCAGCCAGCCACGCUGUCCCUCCGUUCUCAGCCACCCCACCUGCGGAGCGAGUGCUGAUGGGCUGGAAACUUGAAGAUGGAAAGCUUCUGGCAAAGAGGCCGUGGAGGAGCUGCUCAGCCUUGGCGGGGGAAAAUCCCCUCCUGUACAAAGCUUAGCUCUGGUCUUCCCAGCAGCCUGUGCUUGCUUCCCUGAAAAGUCGACACCGUUGGAGCAGCAGCUGUCUUAAAGACCUCUUGUCAACUGAUGGGCAAGAGGGAUCGGGCUGGGCAGACACCUCCCCUUGAUUCUGCAGGCUUUACUUAGCUGUGUUGCUUCGUAUUGUACUCUGUAGGCACAGGUGUGCGGGGGGUGGAAACUUCAUUGCAGUGUCCCUCCUGCAUGGGGCAGAUGGAUGCAUGCGGGAGAGGAGGGUUGUAGGACCGCUCAAGAACUUGCAGGCGGGCCUGAUGGGGAGAGGGUGUGGCACGCACGGGGCAGAGGGAAGGCAGGGCUCCUGGCCCGUUCUUCUUCUCUGCAGUGGGGCUGGUGCAGGGGCCCUUCCGGGCAACGGGUGUCCCCUGUCAUGGUGCUUCGGAUACUCCCCUCGGAUAGGCCAGCAGCGUGCUUUGCCUUCAGCUGCCUGCUUGGGGGAAAGGAAAGGCAGCGGCAGCGGCCAAGAAGACUAAAGCGCUGGUUCCAGGUGGAUCUUGUCCUUGCCAAGCUGCAGGAUUCUGGCCUUGCCUGAGUCGGCUCCCUUGCCAGCCGCCGCCACAAGGGGCCGCAUGAAAGUAUUCCCCGCGUGGGUCCCCUUGCGGAGAGACACUGCCUGAGGGCGCCCCCCACUAGCAGCCUUCUAAUACUCGCCUUUGUAGAGAGUUUAGCAUUCAAAUGUGUCAUUUUAAAUAAUAAAAUGUUUCUACUUGUAAAUAAAUGGUAUUUUUCUCCCAGUA